UGGAUGAUGGAGCAUAGUGGACGCGGAGGAGGAAGAAGAAGAAAAAAAACUGUUUAGGGCUUUUGGGGGCUUCACGUAUACAGAAGGCGAAGAUGGCGGAUUCUCCAGCCUCUGAUUCCGAUUCAGAACUCCAGACCAAUUCAAAUCCUAACCCUAGCUCUAGCCCUACUAUGGACGCAACGGGCCGUAGCAAUCCGUCGACUCCUCCCGUCGUUUGCCUCCUCAGGUUCGCCGGCGACUCCGCUGCCGGCGCUGUCUUGGGCUCCAUUUUCGGCUACGGUUCAGGAUUGAUUAAGAAGAAAGGGUUUAAAGGAUCAUUUUCAGAGGCAGGAUCUUCUGCCAAGACAUUUGCUGUUUUAUCUGGAGUUCAUGGUUUGGUUCUCUGCUUUCUGAAAAGACUGCGAGGGAAGGAUGAUGUCAUCAAUGCAGGAGUGGCCGGAUGUUGCACUGGUCUUGCCUUAAGUUUCCCAGGUGCACCUCAGGCCCUUCUGCAGAGUUGCCUCACCUUUGGAGUAUUCUCCUUCAUCAUUGAAGGGCUUAACAAGCAGCAGCCAGCCAUGGCGCUUCAACUGUCUGCAAGAUCCGAGCCAAGGCGGUUUGGCGUGCUCCGGCCGUUGGCCCUCCCUCUUCCAGACGAGCUUAGAGAUUCAUUUUCCUCUUUCUGUCAAUCAAUAAGAAGAAAAUGAGAGGGAUUUGCCUUCAUAUGACUGUAGAAUGUUUGUGUAAAAUGCUCUGCAAAUUUAGGAGAUGAUGAACUCAUAUGGCUUUAUGUAGGUGGAUUGUUGUUUGUGCUUGGCGCAGGUCUAUAAAUUCUCUUCUUUGGCAUUGAUACGAAUGGUUCUGUAAAUUUGCCUUUU